AUGGCAAUGUGUUCUAGGUUUUGCCCGCCUGUACCCACCCAAUUUAGACGCAGACCCAUCUCUUGUUUUCCGAUUUCAUCUCAAUCUUUGGUUUCCUUCAAGUGUUUUUCUGUUCAGCCUUCCAGUUCGACGCCUAAAGAUGAGUUGCCAGCUCGCAUUGGCUUUCUUGGUCUUGGAAUUAUGGGUUCACCAAUGGCACAGAAUCUCAUAAAAGCAGGAUGUGAUGUGACUGUCUGGAAUCGGACAAAGAGCAAAUGCGAUCCCCUAAUAUCCUUGGGUGCAAAGUAUAAAUCCUCUCCUGAGGAAGUAGCUGCAUCUUGUGAUGUGACAUUUGCUAUGCUUGCUGAUCCUGAAAGUGCCAUUGAAGUUGCGUGUGGAAAUCAUGGAGCUGCAGGUGGUAUGAGUCCUGGAAAAGGCUAUGUAGAUGUCUCUACUGUUGAUGUUCCCACCUCUACAUUGAUUAGCAGUCGUAUCAAGUCUACUGGAGCACUAUAUUUGGAGGCUCCAGUUUCAGGCUCAAAAAAACCAGCAGAAGAUGGACAGCUAAUUUUCCUCACUGCAGGUGACAAAUCUCUAUAUGAAACAGCUGCUCCAUUUUUAGACAUCAUGGGGAAGUCAAGAUUUUACCUUGGGGAUGUUGGCAAUGGAGCUGCAAUGAAACUCGUUGUCAAUAUGAUUAUGGGAAGUAUGAUGGCAUCUUUUUCUGAAGGAUUGCUUCUCAGUGAGAAAGUAGGACUGGACCCAAGUAUACUGGUCGAGGUUAUCUCGCAGGGUGCUAUUAGUUCCCCGAUGUACUCGAUGAAAGGUCCUUCAAUGGUUCAGUCUCUGUAUCCUACUGCAUUUCCUUUAAAGCAUCAGCAAAAGGACCUUCGACUCGCUCUGGGAUUAGCUGAAUCUGUUUCACAACCGACUCCCAUUGCAGCUGCUGCAAAUGAACUAUACAAGGUGGCGAAAUCCCGUGGUUUGAGUAACCAGGACUUCUCAGCAGUAAUUGAAGCACUGAAAGUGAAACUAGAACAAGAAAAAUGA